AGAGAGAGAGAGAGAGGCAGGGGAAGAGAGGAGAGCCGAGAGAGAGAGAGAGAGAGAGAGACGGGGGGGAGAGAGCGAGGAGAGACGAUGAGAUCUCUCUCCCAUCGCUUUCUAAGCUCUCAUCUCCCCUAAGCUCCCAAUCCUCAGGCCCUCCCAGCCGGAAACCGAGGCGAUGCAGGGGGGCCUCCGGCCGGAAUCCAGCGGCGCCAUUAAGAACGCCGCCGAGACGGGGGGCCGGUCGCCGCUCGACAAGCCACUCAGCCUGCUCACAGAGGAGGAUAUCGCCCAGCUCACCCGCGAGGACUGCCGCCGAUUCCUCAAAGAGAAAGGCAUGCGACGGCCGUCCUGGAAUAAGUCGCAGGCGAUCCAACAGGUCAUCUCCCUCAAGGCCCUCCUCGAGGGACGACCGGAGUCCGGCGAACUCCCCGUCGGCGCCGGCUACCGCCAGAAGCCUCCCCCUCGGCGGCCGGCCUCUCUUCCUUCGCUGCAGGAGGCGGCCGGCGACUCGACGGCGGCGGCGAAGGAGCCGUCGCCGUCGUCGUCGCUGUCUCCGUACCGGAGAAGAGAUCCGAUCCCGCCGAUCAUCUCCGCCGGCGGGCCGUCUUGCCGGUUCCCGGUCGCCGGCAGGGACCAACAACCGCCAGAGACCCCCUCCCCCUCGCUCAGGGUGACGGCGGAAGUACCGGCGGGUCAGAUGACGAUCUUCUACGACGGCAAGGUGAACGUCUACAGCGACGUGACGGUCGAUAAGGCGCGGGCGAUCCUGCUGCUCGCGGGGAGACGAGACUGCUACGGCGCUGCGGCUCUACCGGGUCCGGUUCACUCGCCCCAGCCGGCUUUUCUCGGACCGGGUCAGGGCCCGGUCCCCACCGCUCCCCCGCUGGCCGCUGCUUUACCCACCUCGCCAGCUGGGAGGUUAGCCCACCGUUUCGAGGGACCGAGUGGAGUGCCGCGCGGGAAAUCGAGCCUGGUAAGAGAGCGGAGCACGUCACCGGAGGGUCCAACAAGUAGAAAAGCAUCAUUGCAGCGGUACCUGGAGAAAAGGAAGGACAGGUUAAAAGGUAGAAAAACUCUUGGAGGGGCAUCUUCUUCAAGCAUGGAAAUAAUGUUCUUGAGCCAAAAAUUUGGGGGUCAGAUACCAAAUGAGCAGUUAAGUAGGAGCAACACUAGCUCCCCUACCCAACCCAGACCACCUGGCACACCAACUAGAUGCAGUUCAAUAGAGAACCAGGCUCAGAAAAAUCAUCUCUCAGUUGAUCUCAAUGAUGAUGGUUGCGGCAACUGACUAGCGUACUUGACAUCGAUCCUUCUAUGAUUAUGUAUCUGAUCCAGUGACACAAGAUGGGGUUCCAAUUCCUUCAGUGGAAUAGCAGAACAUUGGUUCCGCAUUUUUUUGAGUAGAAAAAUGCACCUAAUCUAAUAUGUCCAAGAAGCUCGACUUUGCUUCAGUCAGGCUUUUUCUACCUUGGUCAGCUGGAAAACAAGCAUUUGAAUCAGAGUAUCAUGGUAACUUCAGGAUAACAAGAGAUGAGGAUCGUCAUUACCCUUUGUGCAUACCAGAAAUUGGGCAAAAGUUCCAGCAUUUGGUUAUAUGAACUCGGCUCUUACCUAUCCAAGAUCAGAGGCAUAGGCCUGUGUCAAUCUUGGAUGGCAAAUGACAUCCAGCUUGUGCCAGUGAUCCUAGCUGCCAGAUGAAUGUUGUUUGAGUCUAAUCAUCUGAUUUUCCUCGAAAAGGGGGAUCCAGUGAUUGUACAACCAAGAUCAUCUUACCAGGUUAAUGUUAGGCCUAUGUUUUAACUUUUAACUGAGUUGCAAUAUAUGAAAAAUAUGAAGUCAACGUGCUUGUAAGA